CGCGUGUCUCUCUCCCCACAGCCACAUCACACAGUCCACGACAUGGGAGGACCCGCGCAAAACCCUGAUGAAGCAGAGGCAGCGGCAACAGCAGCAGGCCCAGCAGCACGCCCCUGUCUCCCAGCCCGCCCAUGUGGCCGUGUCGCAGGCAGCCGGGGGCGCUCCUCCCCAGCCCCCUCAGCCCGUGGCCGCCGCCCCUCAGGGGGCCCCGCCACCGAACGUGGGGACGCUGGUCAACGGGAACCUAGGGCCGCUGCCCGAGAGCUGGGAGCAGGCCGUCACCCCCGAGGGAGAGGUCUACUUCAUCAACCACGACGACAAGUCCACGUCCUGGUUUGACCCCAGGCUCCCCCGACGCCUGCAGACUCCAGCUUCGUUAAACGGCGUGCAGCCCCCACAGCACUCCCAAGCAACCUCUCAGAGUGCCAGUGGUGCAGCACCGACACAGCCAACGCAAGUGAGCCACCAGUUGCCUCCCCUUGCCUCCACCGUCAGCACUUCGGCAGCAGCACUUCUUUCCAGGCAUCAGACGCUACGGCUACAGCGCCUUCAGGUUGAGCACGAGAGACUGAGGCUUCGUCAGCAAGAGAUUAUCAAAAAAGAACAGUCAUUGCAAAUGAGUCUGCAAGAAGAAGCAAGACAGCAGCAGGUACAACCUUCACAACAACAACAGCCACAACCACCACAACCACAGCCACAACCACAGCCACAGCAGCAGCAGCAGCAGCAGACAGCACAAACAGUAGCCCAACAGCAGUCCACACAGCAAACCUCACAACAACAGCAGCAAGGUAGUGAGCUGGUGCUGACCUCUGCUGGCCUGACUUUACCCUCGGCCCCGCAGACAAUGACUCCUGUGACCAGCGCGGUCACCACAGCUGGUGACACCUUCAUCACUACCACAGACAUCCACACGCGGCAGGAGUCAGCAGAUAGUGGACUAGGCCUGGGGACCAAUUACUCCCUCCCUCAUACUCCCGAGGAUUUCCUGGCAUCAAUGGAGGAUGUUGAGAUCACACCUGAUGUUGAGAUGAAGACCUCACCAGCGAACAAUAUCCUCGAGGCCCCUGAGUUGGAAUCCAUGGACUCUGAGGACCUUGUGCAGUCAAUACAGCUUAAUGAUGACCUGUCCACGGAUUUCUUAAACGACAUGUUGGAGCCCUCCAAAAUAGAUAAUCUCCAUACGUGGCUGUAAAUGAAGAAACAUAAUAUAUAAAAAUACGUAAAAGUAGCUCAUGCUUCAUUAGUGGUGAAAAGACUGAUGCCUGGGGACAAUUAGCAUUAAUUAAAUAUAGUCAGUUGGUUUCUUUGUUUCCUGGUGGCAUAGAAUGUACCUCUUAAAGCUGGAAUAGGCUAAAAGGUAUCUUAGUGUUGAUAGAAAGAAAAAAGUAAACCCCAUUUGGGCUUCUGUAUAUAAAAGGCUUGUAUGGGAAGUAAUACAAGAGAAAUGGCCAGGUUACAAAUUCCAAAAUUUAAUAUUUUCAGUACCUCACAGGUGUGUGGGUCAGUGUUGUGCAAGGAUGUUGAAGUGCUGAAAUCAUGUAGGUAGAAAAUAUUAGAAACAUGAAUGUUCAGUGAGUAAUGGUACAAUGAAAAGGCAGCCUUAAUGUAAGAGUGUGCAUGUGAAUUUGUGAUGGAUGCAGGAAGUACCAAAAAUUGGGCUGUGUUCUGCAACCCAAUUGCUCAUGAAUACCUGUGAGGGAAUAUUCGCCACAAAAAACCAGGCUGUGUGGGUUUCCUGCAUAGUUCCGAAACUAUGGGGAAAGCUGCGUGUGUGUGUGUGACGAAAUCCACAGAACAGUGAUAGGGGGAAGCUUCAGAGAUAGACUGUUUUGUGAGAGUCUUAGGCAAUGAUCCCCAUUCUGUAUGUGAUGGUUCAGUGCCUCUCGACUACCAAGUUAUACUCUGUUUCAGUGGAGAGUUCUCAAUGGUGGAAACCUCCUGAAUCGUAGGUUUAAGUUCCAUUUUGUGAAUACCUUUUUGUGGAUUCAUGACGUGCAUUUAGGACUCUUUUUAAUGUACUUGGAGGUCUAUCUCAUGCCUCUGUCUUCUCCAUAUAUAUAGCAAGUGAUUCACUACCAAUCUUACCGUCCAGUUCUGCCUUGAUCAAUGGAAUAUUGCCGGAAUUACUCUUGUUACAGAAUAACUAUAUUUAUUAAUGAUAGGUGAUAUUCAUGUAAAUAGUGUAUGAGGUUAUGUUCUUCUUUAAGAAUUACUCACUAUCUUAAUAUAAUAGAUAAUAUAAAUAAAUAGUUAAAAAAAGGCAUUAAAUAUUUUUAGAUGACAGAGGCAGCUGUUUAACCAAUGGAAACAAAAAUGUUGGUCCCAAAAUGAAUGGGAAUAUGAUGAUCAUUGUUUACAAUGCACUCAGUGCUCCUUUUUAAUUUUCGAGACCAUGGAGCAGUCUGUUGUUUGCAUUUUGUUUUGUUGCUGUGUAAUAAUUAUUCUUUUUUUUUGUUUCAUUGUUUUUGUUUUGUUUUUCUUUUGGCUGUUAUGCUCCUUACAUCUGUGGCUACCCUAGUUCCUGUAGUGUGAAUAUGUAAAGCAAAGGCUUGUGACCAUGUAUAGCCACAUAUGUUAUCUUUACUGGGUUGAUAUUUUAAUAUGUUGACAGAGCCAACCCUGAAAAGUAUGGAUUUGAUGGUUAUAUGUUGUGACAAACGCAAACAAACGUAUUGCUCUUAUCACUUCUCCCCUCCCAGUGAUUGACAUGACCUUACCUGUAGAAGUACAUGAGAUCUCGGUUGCAACACAUAUGUUGUUAAUGAAGUUAUAGACGUCUCACUAAACAUAGUAAGAUGUUAGUAGAAGUUGUGUUGCCACUGAGAAAUAAGUUUGUGCUUUGAGUCUUUUAAGAAAAAAAUCUUUUGAUUCUUGUUCUCUGAAAUUCAGUGCAUUGAUUGUUAUAUUCUUGAUAAGUAUUUUUGGUGCCUUAAAGAAAUAUUGUGCCUUGUGCAAAUGGCAGUAUGUGGUUGGUUAGUUGGAGCAGGAACUAAGGUGUUAGCCAAUCGAGUUUUCCAGCCUUAGUUAACCACACCGUUCAUGUACUUAAAACAAUGACCAUGGUUUAAACUAGGUCAAUCAGUCCUUAAACUAGCAUUCUUCAUAGUUCACCAAUCCCUAUUAUUAAUGUGACGUGGGUGGUCUCUGUAUCUAUUGCGCAGGCACCUCUGCCUUGCGAUUGUGCCAGUUGUUGCUAAAGGGAUGGUCUCCCAAAUGGAAAUGGGAUAAAUUUUUGUACUGAAAAUAUACCAUGUCCUCUCUGUAUCCCCCAUAGCCCUCUGGUCACGUCAUCAGUAUUUCUAAUCCCCCACAUCCAUCCGCAGUCUGCUCAAGUGAUUUAUUGGACGUCCCAAGUGCCUUUGUCUGCAGCUGUUUAGUGGCCGUUCAGCUCCUCCCUGGGUCAUUAAACUGGUCAAAGGUCAUGACCCAGGUCGUUAGAGGUCACUUUGGCAGCUCUCAUGCCACUGAUAAGUUGUGGCAUUAGGUUAAGGUUCAUGUUAUAUGUUAAGGAUGAGUAAACACCAAGAGUUUACCACACGCUUGGUGAUUGCUCCGUUAUUAUCAUUAUUAUUUUAUUAUUACGUUUAUUGCUCCAGUAGACAUGAAUUUUUACUUAUAUCAGGAAAUGUACAUGUUCAUUUUUUUAUGUUCAUAGUAUGGUGUCUUUUGUGAUAUACAUCUAGCAUGCAAUGUUGUUUUUAGUUUUUGUCUUAUAGUGGCCAUAUUUGUUAGUUUUACAAUGAGUAGUUAGACACUCAGCGGCAAGGCUCUUGUUUUUCAAUCUUUUAAUGUGGUGAAGGGUUCCUAGUGUAGAUUAAAAGAAAAAAUAUCACAGCUACCAAUAUUAUAUUCAUAUCAAACUUUCUUAGAAGAAUAAUCCAAUGGUAAAGUUUUAUACUAAUAGAAUUAAGGUUAUAGCCCAAGUGUUGACUUGUCUUUUUUUACGGUUAAUUUGGGCUGCGUCCUUCCCAACCUUUCUUGCACAAGUUUGUGAAGCUCAGUUGCCCUACAUACCUUGAGUGAGCAAUGUAAGGAGUAUUUGCACUCCAUGCAAGAUUGAUAGAGGGGACUGCCUGCCUUACCCUAGAAAACCAGGUUCAGUUUCACUAUAUUUUGACUGGGAAAUGAACCUGAAUUGUAAGGCAAAACCUCCUCUGAUCUUGACCACAGUUCUCGCUACAUUGCUUCAAUCAGAGGUCUUGUCUUUCCAUGAUCCUAGGGAUGCUGAUUUCACAGACUGACACUUAUCAAUGUUGCCUUGCUUUGUAAGGUCCUGUUGAAGUCCCAACAAUAAUUUUUCAUUGUACAGUCUAUAUGGGACUAAUAUGGGAAAUAACCAAUGUAAUGGGGAAAGGUAGCAAGCCUUGACAGCUGAAGCAUGCAAGAUUUUCAAAGGACAUUUCAAGCUGCUCACCCACUCCUUGUCUCGUCUUAUCAGCACACCGCCAUAUACAUCAACCCCCCUGGCUAGAAAUGGCUUUAAGAUAAUCUGCAUAGCAAUGCUGUAUUCUUGCUCCACCCCUCAACUAUGGUAUUAGCUUAUAGCUCACAGAUCACAAUGAAAUUUUUGCAGUUCAGGCAGAAAAAAGGAAAGUUAGCGUAGGGACAUUCAUACGAAAGAUGAACUUCGUGUGAACUGUAGGUUGGUUAUAAAUAUCCUGGGAUUGCCCUCAACUUAAACAUGCAGGUUGCUGCUAACAAAUAUGACUCCCAAGCUUAUUGAUAUCAGUAAGCACAUGAUUUGCCAUAAUAAUGAUGGCAGAAGUGCCACAUCAAACAAUUUUCCCUUUUUUUGCCACAAUUGUGAAUACCGCCCAAGUGCUUAUGACGCAAGUGGGGGUGAUGGAAGGUCAUCCAAAACCCCAUGAAAUUAAGUGUAUGCUGAAGCAAUGUAAAUAAAUUUUAUCUUCAAAUAA